AAGAUGAAGACACCGGUGGGUGUGCAAUGCUUACAUAAUUAUUGACUGGCUAUGACAAUCAUCUAUGUGAAUAUUUUAUCUUUAGAUCAGCUUAUUGCUAAAGAAAGACUAUUAUACAAAAUCUUUAUGGUUGAAUUUAUCAUUAUUUUCUUUAUAUAUUAGUAUUUUUCUUACAGCAAAGAAGUACAUGGCAUCCAAUAACUCGCUUGUGGAGCAAUCUUAUUCCAGAGGUAUAAAUUACAGAGUGAUUAUAGUCCAGGUUUUGGUAUGUGUUUUUAUCUGCAUUAACCUUUUUCUGAUUACAACUUUUUUUCUGAAGGAUUACUUUCAUACAACGAUGCGCUACAUCUUAUUUAUUGUCACGUUGUUUUCUGACAGCCUGUUUCUGAUUUUGACGGAUGUGCUGCUCAUUCUGAGCUACUUUGGUUUUACCAUGCAAAUGUGGCUGUGUUAUCUCAUCUACAUUGUUUUGUCUUUGUGUGUGUUUGUCACACCGCUCACUCUCACAGCAAUGGUGCUGGAGCGCUAUGUGGCAAUCUGCAUGCCCAUGCGACAUACAGAGCUGUGCACCACGCGCAGCACCUUCCACCUCAUCCUCACCAUUCACUGUGUCAGCGCAAUUCCCUGUGUUGUUGUUAUCUCUAUAUUUUCUGCAUCCUCUGUACUUGCUUUCUACACCUCACGCACAAUAUGCUCUGUGGAGAUGUUCAUCUUGCACAAAUGGCAGAGUCAUCUGCGAUCAGCUAUAAGUCAGUUUUACUUCCUGAUCAUGUGCAUUAUCAUUGUUUUCUCCUAUGUUAAGAUAAUGAAAGUGGCCAAAGCUGCAUCAGGAGAGAAUAAAAAAUCAACAUGGAAAGGCAUCAGAACGGUGAUUCUUCAUUCUUUCCAGCUGACGCUCUGCCUCAUCCAGCUGUGGUGUCCCUUCAUUGAAGCUGCUGUGCUUCAGAUUGAUUACAUGUUAUUUAUCAAUGUCAGGUACUUAAAUUACAUAACUUUUAUUCUUGCUCCAAGAUGUCUGAGUCCAUUGAUCUAUGGUCUCAGGGAUGAUUUGUUUUUUCAGGCUGUCAGGUACUAUGCUCUCUGUGGGUUGUACAAGAAACAGCAGUCAUGUUAAGGGAAACAUAUUUGAGCUUUUAGUUUCUUAGAAUAUUAUUUAUUUAAAAAUGUUAGUGGCAAGGUUUGUACAAAGACAGAUAUGACGAACUAAUACUUGUACAAAUCUUUAAAAUAAAAGUGUAGAAAGUAUUUUUUGUACCCGCUCCCCUAUAAAUGCUUAAAUCAAUAAUUUUUAUUUUCUUUCUAACAGACGACAUUCUGACUAACAUUCAUCAAUAAAAAAUGGCGAUGUUGAACAAAUCCUCCAUCACCUUAAAUUUUUGUGAUCAGCCUAUUAUUUUAUGUUUAUUUUGGCUCACGUCUGGAAUCCAUAAAGACAUACCCAUGAUACCUUCAGGACAUUUAAAAUAUUUAUUGUUAAAUUUUCCUCUGUCAAGAAUAAACAUAAAUUAAGACAUUUUGGACAGAUGUAAAAAUUUAUAUGUAAAACAUGAAUUUGAACUGUGUUUAUUUUAUGCUUUAAAGCAAGGCAGGGACAGCAGGUUUAUUUGUGUAGUACAUUUAAGCAACAAGGCAUUUCAUAGAGCUUUACAUGUUGAAAAUAUUAGAAGAGAAACAUGAAAAGU